AAUAUUAAAAAAAAAAAAGUUUUUGUGAAAGUCCAAUGUAACGUUUACGAGUUUCAGGUCGCGCUUAAAGAAUUCAGAACAGCCAAAGAAAAAAAACCGUAAUGUCGGUUGCCUUGUCGUCUAGAAUUUUGAAAACGAGCACAAAAGCACACGUGAGACAGAUAUUUGCAGAGGAAUCGAUGCUACUCAAUUUUCACAGCGAACAAGGCUGUUAAUUUCCUGUGAGUAACACUCUUGUAUUCUAUUUGGGAUUUCAUAUUUUUUGGCUGUAUGUUGAGUCAUUGAACUGCAAUACAUGGAGGGAAAAUCUGAAUGUGAAACUCAAGAAGAAGCAAAUUCCUUAUCUCUUGCACAAGCACUAACGGUGCCUGUACCUAUUCUAGCAUCAAGAUUUAGGAAUAAACGGGAGGUUGAGUUGGUUAUGGAAGCAUCAAAAUUUGCUGUAAAUUUUGAUGACGUGCUUGAGAAAUAUGAGAUGGUAUCUGUCAGGGCACAGGCUCUUAAAGAAGCAUGGGACAACCUAUGGGUUUCUCAAGAAGCGCUUUUAGCAUCAGCUAUUCCUCUUAUAGGUGAAAAAAUGUCAGAGAUCAACCGCAUAAGGGCACAUUUGCUGAAGAAGAUGGAUGUUAUAAUUGAAAGUUUGCAGGCAUCAAAUGGAGAUCCCGGAGUUCGAAAAUCAAGCCAGAUCAAGGACGGUCUCCUCCAGGGCGAUCAAGCAAGGACAAGGGCGACCUCCUCCAGUCUAGCAUCGACAAGGAUGGCUUUCUUCGAUCAAACAUCAACAAGGGCGACCUUUUCCAAUCCAGCAUUCCAAAGCGAGGAAUUGAGAAUGGAUGGAAUAGAGCGGCUGGCAAAAGACAAGCUAUUCUUGUGUUUGAGGUCUGAGUUGGAGGGAGAGCUUGGAAAGAGAAUCAACAUUAUUUGUACCAAAGGGAGCAUUCACAAGCUAAGUGGUAAGAUGGCAGAUUUCAUCAAUUCCUUGAUAACAAAACUUGAACUCUGUGAUGUAACUACACAAAAUCCUGGGUGCAAUUCUCUUAACAAGACUGCAAAGACUGAUCAAGGUGAACACACCAAAUUUUUAGACAUGAUUCCAACUAUAAAUAGUUCAAUUCAAUGCAAUGAGAAAUUGAUGGGAAAUGAUUCUGCUUCUACCAGUGCUUCUAAGGCUCCCCAUUUACAAGAAAAUAAUUCAGGUCAAAAUGUCAUAACGCUUGCUCAUGGAUUGGCUCUAACAAGCCCAGUAAUUGGAACAUGUUUUACUUCACAAGGCCUGGCACAUAAUGACAUGAAUAUGAAAAUCCAGAGUCACUCUUCUUUGGUCUCAGAGGAGCAACUUUCUGGCAUUGGUUCAAAAUUUUGGCUUUUGCAGAACAAGCGUUCUACCUAAAACAUAUGUUAAUUAUGGUGUUAAAUGUGAGUUUCCUGCUAUCCCUGUCAAUACUUAAUUGAUUGAAACCAAUAAAGUGUAUUAAUUUUGGUGUGAGAAUAAUGCUUUUUGUUGAUCGAGGCAUAGGCUAAAUUAAGUUAUAGGCAAAACUUAUAUAUAAAGUUACCAAUUGGAAUUGUCCUCAAGGUGAAAAUGACAUGAAUCAUCUUUUGUAUAUGGAACAUAAAUAAAACGCUAAUUAUAGGGGUCUGAGUCAAUGUUGAUAUUGACAUCAAAGUGGAAGAGAGGCAUGAUGUGUCUCCACACUCAAUUUGGACAAAAUUAUCAUUUAUUACAUGUUACCAUGGAGUAUGCCAUCAUUAUAGAACUA